AUGACUGUUACUCUUCGCUCUUUAUUCACUGUCCUCGCGACAUCUGGCCUCGCGGCCGCCGCGGCCUCGUGGAACACGACCUGCACGACAAAGACGCAGCGAAAGGCAUGGAACAACAUGACCGAUACCGAGAAGUCGGCGUACAUCAACGCAGAACUCUGCUUGAUGAACACCACCGCCAAGACCGACAUUGAGGGUGCUAUCAACCGCUGGGACGAGCUCGACUGGGCCCACAUUGUGCAGUCCAACGUUAUCCACAACACUGGAUCUUUCCUCCCCUGGCACCGCUACUUCAUGCGUGUCCACGAGUACUUGCUUCAGUCUGAGUGCGGCUACGAGGGUGGCCAGCCGUACUGGAACGAGGUCCUCGACAUGGACGCCCUCAACCAGUCUGUUGUCUUCGAUCCCGACACUGGUUUUGGUGGUGAGGGCGGCGACUGCGUUACCGACGGCCCCUUCGUCAACCUGACGCUUCACAUCAACUCCACCUCCAACUACGCCAACGACUGCCUGACACGCUCCUUCAACUCCAAUGGCUUCCAGACUGGCCAGCAACAAUACAUCGACGAGUGCUUCGCCUCCGAGAACUACACCGCGGCGUUCGAGUGCUACCAAGUCAACCCCCAUACCGCCGGCCACUCUGCUGUUGGUGGCACCAUGCUUGAUGUUGUCGGUAGCCCCGGUGACCCGCUCUUCUUCCUUCACCACACAAACUUGGAUCGUCUCUGGUGGGAGUGGCAGCAGGCCAACCUCACUACCCGCUUGACCGACAUGGGUGGUCGCAACAUUCCCCUGGACAGCUACCUCGAGCAAAACGGUAUGGAGUACCCCAGCGCUUCCAUCCUCGACUAUGACGGCGACUCUGGCAACGAGACUACCCUCAACCACAACUUGUGGAUGGUCGGUAUCAUGCCCAACGCCACGAUUGCCGAAGUCAUGGAUCUGGGUAGUGACGUGAUGUGCGCCGAGUACGUCUAA